AUGGAUGUCUUGGAAAAAGAGUUGAGGGGCAAGGACUCUGCUCGGCUGGCUCUCAAAGCCUUUGCUGCAGCCCCGGAGGAGUGGAAAACCCUGCUGAUCCCCAACGGCACGGCUGGAGGAGGAGGGGAGAAAGAAGCGGUUACAGCGGUGACAGCAGGGGGGUGUCGCGGGGCCACGGCUUCAAUUUUCCGCAUUGUCAGCCAUGGCGCGCCGUUCUUCCCUGCUGCUCAUUUUCGUCGCUAUCCUGCUUUGCGCUCCGCGUUCGUUCGCCGUUCGGUCUCUCGUUCAGAUGGAGCAGCAGGCAGCGGUGCAGCAACCGGCGACUUCGCAAUCAACAAUCCCUCCGAAGCAGAUCUCGGCCAAUCCGAAACCGAAGCCGUCUUCCGCAGUGCAGGCUCCAGCGCAGAAGCCGCUGACGCCGUCGCGGCGGUCGCAGCUGUUGACGUGGCGAGCGCCGCGACGGACGCCGCGACCGACGUGGCUGCACACGCGGCCGAAUCCGCCGCUGACGAGGCCUCCGACGAGGAAAACGAUUUCGAUAAAGCCAAAGAAGCGAGAAAGAAAGCCUUAAAAGAUGGAGAACUAGUCUGGCAUAAGUGCGUGCAGUCAGAGAAGCUGGGCGAGGUGUGCGUGGGGGUGUUCGUGGAUUCUCAGCAGGAGCCGCCGCUGCUGUUCGCGGAGAUCAGCCUGAGGAACCACACGUUCCUCGCGCCGCUCGCCAAGGCCAAGGCGUGUCUAGAUGAUCAACUGCUGCUGAAUCUGCUGCUGCACGACCCCAAGCUCGCUCCCUUUGCUGCGGAAAUCAAGGCCAUCAUGAUCAUGGAGAAGCUGGCUGCCGCUGAUGUCAUCAGCGAGUGCGUACUCUUUAACGGCCUCUCCAUUACAGUGGACAAGCCCAACGACUGCCUGUACAUAUCGGCAUGCCCCCGCCUCUGCUCUCGCCUGGGCUGUCGCCAUGCCCAGUGCCUCUACUCCAAGGACAAGGAAUUUGAAUGCUUCAGGGUACGCGUGCCUCUGCACAGGCGCAGCAGGGACGUUGCUGUGCGUUGA